AUGCCAUUACAAGCUUAUGCUAACGAUUUAAAGGCAACUUUAAGACAAUACCCAAAUUUCCCAAGUGAAGGUAUCUUAUUUGAAGAUUUCUUACCUAUCUUCAGAGACCCAGUCACUUUCCAAAAAUUAGUAGAUGCUUUUAAGUUACAUUUACAAGAAGCCUUCCCAAACACUAAGGUUAACUACAUCGUUGGUUUAGAAUCCAGAGGUUUUUUAUUUGGCCCAACUUUAGCCUUAGCCUUAGGUGUUGGUUUUGUUCCAGUUAGAAAGGCUGGUAAGUUACCAGGUGAGUGUGUUCAAGCUACCUAUCAAAAGGAAUAUGGUUCUGAUGUCUUCGAAAUGCAAAAGGAUGCUAUUCCUCAAGGUAGUAAUGUCAUCAUCGUCGAUGAUAUUAUUGCUACUGGUGGUUCCGCAAAGGCUGCCGGUGAAUUAAUCGAAAAGAUUGGUUCAAAGGUUUUAGAAUAUAACUUUGUUAUGGAAUUAGAUUUCUUAAAGGGUAGAGAUCAAUUGAAUGCUCCAGUUUUCACUUUGCUAAGUGGCCAAGAAGAUAAACUACAAAACUAA